AUGAGUGAGGACAAAGACUGCGGCCACCACCACCAUCACCACCACCACCACCACCUAACACGUCACCAACGUCGCCUCCUAGCCGCGGUGGCCGCCUUCGUGAUCCUCGUCCUCUUCGUGAUCCUCCUCGUCUACCUCAUCCUCCACCCCUCCAAACCACGGUUCGUUCUCCAGGACGCCACCGUGUACGCCUUCAACCUCACCUCCGGCGGCACUCUCCUCACAACCAACUUCCAAGUCACCCUGUCUGCCCACAACCCCAACGACCGUGUCGGAAUUUACUACGAUCGUCUCGACGUCUACGCGGCUUACCGCGGUCAGCAGAUCACCCUACCGACCCUCCUGCCACCGGCCUACCAGGGCCGUGGGGACUCCGACGUGUGGUCGCCGUUCGUGUACGGGACGGAGGUCCCAGUCGCGCCCUACCUCGGGGCGGCACUGGUCGAGGACCAGAUCUCGAGGAAUCUGAUGAUUAACGUUAGGGUCGUCGGAAAGGUCCGGUGGAAGGUGGGGACGUUCAUCUCCGGCGAGUACCGUUUGUAUGUCAACUGUCCCGCCUAUAUUGAUUAUGGUGGCGCCGGCGGGGUUAAGUACCAGCUUAUCAUGGACUGCCACGUGGAUGUUUGA